CUAGCUGUUUUUGUAUCCGCUUCAGAGUGGGUUCAACCGCCAAGUAAGUUACGCUUUGCCAUGUCACCGAAAAGAAGUUAGAGCCUGCAUUUAUUUGAUGAAAAGUGGAUUUUCGCUGACAUUCCAACACCCGCCGUUGGAUGUAUGACAUUAACUAAUGAACGCCACACAGCAAAGCUACAAGACUCAUGUUUUCGUCCAGCCAAGAGGAACACUGCGCCCCCUCCAAAGACCCAGUUAAAUACGGCGAGCUGGUCGUUUUGGGGUACAAUGGCUCCUUGCCCAAUGGGGAUCGCGGUAGACGGAAAAGCAGAUUUGCGCUAUACAAGAGGACCAAAGCCAAUGGUGUUAAGCCGAGCGCCGUGCACAUCCUCAACACACCCCAAGACAGCAAGGCUGUCAACUCCAAAGGCCAGCACAGCAUCUCAUACACACUGUCCCGCAACCAGACAGUGGUGGUGGAGUACAGCUAUGAUAAGGACACCGACAUGUUUCAGAUUGGCCGUUCCACUGAGAGUCCCAUAGACUUUGUGGUGACAGACACAAUAGCAGGAGGCCAGGAGGGCGAGGAGACUCCCAUCACACAGAGCACCAUCUCACGUUUCGCCUGCCGGGUCGUAUGUGAGCGGAACCCACCCUACACCGCUCGAAUCUUCGCAGCCGGAUUUGACUCAUCCAAGAAUAUUUUCCUCGGGGAAAAAGCUGCAAAGUGGAAGAACCCUGAUGGUCAGAUGGAUGGUCUGACAACCAAUGGUGUUCUGGUGAUGCACCCCAAGGGCGGAUUUACGGAGGAGUCCAAGCCCGGCGUGUGGCGGGAGAUUUCUGUGUGUGGGGAUGUUUACACCCUGAGGGAGACGCGCUCUGCACAGACUCCGGGAAAACUGGUGGAGAAUGAAAGCAAUGUCCUCUUGGAUGGCUCGCUGGUGGAUUUGUGCGGUGCGACCUUGCUGUGGCGCACCGCUGAGGGUCUCUUUCACACUCCCACCCAAAAGCAUCUGGAGGCUCUUCGUCAGGAGAUCAAUGCGGCGCGGCCCCAGUGCCCCGUGGGUCUGAACACCCUGGCCUUCCCCAGCAUGCAACGCAGCCGCGCCCUUUCCUGCUUGGAGGACAAGCAGCCUUGGGUGUACUUGGCGUGCGGCCACGUGCACGGUUACCACAACUGGGGGCAUCGCUCGGAGCAGGAGCCCAACACCCAGCGAGAGUGCCCCAUGUGUCGCGUGGUCGGCCCCUACGUUCCGCUCUGGCUGGGCUGCGAGCCCGCCUUCUACGUGGACACAGGCGCCCCCACUCACGCCUUUGUGCCGUGCGGACAUGUGUGCUCGGAGAAGUCUGUUAAGUACUGGUCGGAAAUCCCUCUGCCCCACGGCACCCAUGCCUUCCACGCCGCGUGCCCCUUCUGUGCCACCCAGCUCAGUCUCACUCAGGGCUGCUCCAAGCUAAUUUUCCAGGGCCCCGUGGACUGAUGUGAGGGGCGGAUUCUGCUCUUGGGCAAGAGCGAUAACAUGCUGUGAAACUGUUGACAUCAUUUUGUUUCCUUUUCCUCACAUUAGAUCCUUCAUGGGAAGCUCUGGUGGUGAUAUUAUGGAUUCGAAAGGCUGUCUGAAUGCUCUUUGAAGGCCAAAUGCCCUUCCCUUCCCAAACCAGAUACUGUUUCAGCUAUCCUGCCAAGCAAUUGCUUUAAAGAAAAUAUGCUCCAGCACUGGUGGGUUACAUAUGAUUUAUGGUAGCUGGUGGAUUUUAUGCUUUAGGUAGAAAGAAUUUGUUGUUUUUACUCUUUUUACUCUCAAUAACAAUGAGCGCGUGUAGGUGAGCCUGAAGCAGGUUCAGUAUAGCUCCUGGUGGAUCACAGGUCUGCGAGCCAGACAGCUGGACUGUUGGUUUGAAGAACCUCACGGGUCUGAUGCGUCUCAUGUGCGUGUCAUUUGGACCCGAACCCCUUAACAGUAUCUCCUAACCCUACGGACGUGGCUUUUAUAUGCUUAAUAUACAGUCAGAAUCCAGUGCCUCUAAUCCCACGAAGUAGUGGGAAUAUAUUUCACAGAAGAGAGAAGAGUAUUUAGUUGAAGGCAAGUGUGGAGCUAGCUUUGCAUAUGGGUGUAAAGAAAUGCCAGCCCACACCGACCCAUCUCCACAUUUGUAUUUGACAGAAGAACUAUUUUACUACACUGAGGCCCUCGUACUGUUUUUAAUGCAAAUGUUAAUAUAUUUUCCUGCAUAAAUAAUUUGUGCGAAA